UCAUGCAGUCUAUAAUCCAAUCAGGGAGGGAGAGAGUGUAAUCCAUGUUAAUCCCACAUCCAGAGAGAGAGAGAGAGAGAGAGAGACCCAGGAUAGGGUGGGUCAUUAAGAGAGCCAGAAACAGUUGAAGGACAGCAGUAAUCUCUGAACCCAGCUUUAUUGCUGCCUGCCUGUGUCCUGAACCCUCGUUGUCAGGGAUACCUCUCCAUGGAGACGCACUCCCAAAGGUAGGGGAGGGCUUUACGAGAAAGGAGACCCUCACCUUGAUGGAGCAACAAGUCAAGAGAGAGAGAAGAUAAAGAAGGAGAGACUGCAGUAGUGGAGAGGGGAGGUCAACUGUGGGUGAACAAGGGGAGUGGAAAUCAACAGAAGACGUGUUGGAGCGCCCCCUCCAGGCGCCCUGUGAACAUGCCUACUGCAGCGCCUGCAUCAGCAGCUGGCUGGUCCAUCACCACUCCUGCCCUGAGGACAGACUGCCACUGGAUGUGGGCAGCCUCAAACCACUGUACAGGUCUGUCUGCGUCUCUGGAUAUGUGUGUCUUUUAUUAUCUCUUCAUUGUAAUAUUUCAUUCUUCCCAAGUUCCACACUUUCUUUCUGCUAUUCAGUGGGGUCACACAUGUCUACUGCUCUCCAUGCUUAUUUCUCUGAUGCUUAUUUUUGUCUUGGAUGACAGGUACAUGCGUAAUGACCUGACUCGUCUGCAGAUACGUUGUGUGAAUGCAGGGCAGGGUUGUGAGGUGGUCUGCUCCCUGGAGAGCCUGCACACACAUGAGGAUGAGUGCGAGUUUGCCUUCAUAUCCUGCUCUAACACAGGUGGAGAGUACAUAUGUUACCGUUGUGGUUGUCCUGUGCAGGUAGAGAGGCGGGGUUUGGAGGCUCACCUGUCAGAAUGUAACUUCCGCAGCAGGGAGUGUCCCAAUGGCUGUGGUCAUAUCCUUCUCUCCAUUGACCAAUCACAGCAUAACUGUGUAGCAGAGCUGCGCACUGAAGUGGAGAUGCUCAGGGCAGAGAUGCUAUGCAAGGUGGAGGAGGUGAGACGAGAGAUGGAGUCUCGGUUGGACUCACAGAGGAGACACAUGGUGCAGAAAGAGUCGCAGCUGAAGAACGAGGUGGAGGAGCUCAAGGGUCAGUUGUCCCGUGUGAUGUGCGACAUGCGAGCCCUGUUAGGAGCAGAGCGUCUGAGAAGACAGGAACUGGCAGAGGCAGAGCUGGAGAAGAGGGAACUGUUGGAGCUCCUCAGAGACCUGCAGCCAACCAGGAGUCAGACUGUCGAACAGGCAGCCAGGGAACAGCAUCGGGGAGACCAGCAGACAUCUGCCUGGGAACUACACGCUGAGCCGACAAGACACCAGCAGAGGGAGGCAUCUUUACAUGCUUCCAGUCUAUCAUUGCAUUCAGCUCAGGUCAUAAAUAUAUCGGGUCCACCUCCAUCACCUCAGCUGGGAGAGGGGGUGCGUAAGGGUAGUACCAGGAGCCUGACUCUAGACUGCAUCAAGAGGAAAAGCCGGGAGGUGACGGUUAUCUAAGUUGACUGGACUGGUGGGAGAUUAGCCAAAACCAGAAGAUUAAAUCUUUAUUUUUUUAAUAUUUGGUUUACAGUUUCUGACAAGAGUUUAGUAAUCAGAAGUUUGUGGCAUGAGUUUUAGAUUUUUUGAGUGUAAAUGAACAGUCUGCUGUGGAAUGAACCAUGUCGUGUUUGACAGGCAGGUCUUUUUGUGUAAUUCUACAAACUAAAGUGAGGUUUUGACUGUUAGGCUUGUAUGAAAGUGAAUAGACAUUCAUUCAUACAUUUCGUAGACUCACCCCUGAUCAUUUCUGCAAACAGAUCAUUGUGUAAUGUCUCUUGGAUCUUGUAUCCAUCAGAUUUCAAAUAAAUACUUUUCUUGA